CAAGAGCCAAUGGCGGUGUUGUCAAGAGCUUAUCUUGUUCAUCUCGUGCCGCGCACAUGCAUGUCAUUAACCGGGGGCAUCAACACACACACACACACACUCAACGGGAUUGGAUGCGUCUGCGAGGGGGUGUCUCGGGUAGCCAAGACCGCGUGACAACCUUGUCGUCGUCGUCUUCUUCUGCUUGUUCUUCUUCCUCCUCCUCCUCCUCCUCCUCCAGGCUGCUCUCCUCGUUCCAUGUAUGUGUAUGUACUGUGCUCUUCCCAUGUUCAUGCUUACCCCUCACCCCUCAUCUAACCCCCCUUCACUCUCUCACUUCCUCUUUCCUCUCUGAAGUGAGAUCUGGGCUUCAUGGACCGGGUGGAUCCGCACGUUGGCUGCUGUGUCUGUGUUAGAAACAAUCGAGCUGAUUCCAGUUCUGGAGUCGUGAAAGAGCCUUUUUACAAUACAACAUUCGGGCCCGCUUCCCAUGAGUUCGACAGCAACCGACCAUCCAUCGUAAUCACAUCCAUCCCCUUCAACUCUCGCCAAGACCAGCUCUCAAUGCAGUGUGCUCCGCUUUCCAUGAAUACCACAUCCGUGGCUCAACCCUACCUCUGUGUGUAUCUUCCGUCCGUGUAGGCGCAUGCAACCACGAGUCCAAGUAUGACAGGCCCCCGAUGACCUUCAGGCGAGCAGGGUGAAUGCAGCAGUUGGCAUGCCUUGUGCCCCCUGCUGCCUGUCUGCAUUGCUUCCCACCCCCUGGGCCAGAAAAAGAUGCUCACACGAGCUGGUCCGAAGGAACAUGCCCAUCAGCCUCACUUCCGUUCCAUUUACCUCUCUCCCUCCCUCUCUCUCACUCACUCACUCAUCCACACACACACACACAUACACACACACUCACUCGCACCACAUCAGUGAGGUCUUUACAUUUCAACCCACUCCGUCCGCGUAUUCCAACUGUGUGGCCCAUCCCCCUGUCUUUGAUGCAAAUCUUGCGUUCCUAGCGGCGGCCACACCUGUCUGUCACUCGGUCACACACCCGUCGCGUCGUGUGCUGCCACCCCACGGCCGGGCUUUACUUGAAAUCUGACCUCGCUCCCCCUCAUCUGCGUCGCAGUCUUGGACGUGAAGUCCACUUUUUGUGAAAGUUCCCGUCUGUCAUCGCUGCUAGACUUCGCUCAUGACCUUUUAACACCGCCGCGCAUCCAAUGCCCAUCAUCUCAUAAGGCGCCUUCGACAGAGGGUUUUUUGGUCGUCCUCCUUUCCCGCUUCCCCCAAUGGCAGGUCCUAUCCAGCUGGGGGAUGUCAUCAAUUUCAGCAAGCUCGCCUGGGACGUCUAUCGAUUCGGUUGGGAUAACGACUUCAACGCAACAAGGCAAUAUUCUGAAUUCGGCCGCGACGUACGAGGGCUUGCCGAGAACCUCGACAUCCUCAGUCGCGUGGUGAACAAAGCGGACCAAUCACUGCGCCAAGAAGGAGCCUUCAAGCCGUUGCGCUGGGAUCGCUCGUCCCUCGACGACAUCCUUGGAGACUACGAGGAAACCCUCACCGAAUGCUUCCAUCUGAUUGAGAACAAUCAUCGUUAUCGUCUCAGCAGUGGCCCACUCAAGAACAUCGAGUGGAAUGUUCUUGUAGCGCCUUCUGCAGAUCGACUACGAGCGCGUAUAGCACUACACAACUCGAAAGUCCUUCAUGUGCUGAAGCCGUUUGAAAUCGAUCUGCUGUGCCGGGUCAGGGAGGACAUACGCCUCGUACACCAGGAUCUUGCCCAGCGCAUCAACGCUGUGCAUCUUGACUUGCACCGCCUCAUUGGAGUUCUGGUCCCGGACCUCGAGCAAGCUCUUGCUCAGCAGGCUCAUCGAGAGCUAGUUCAACUUGAGAUACCAGUCACUGUUGCCGAGGGCUUCCAGCACUCGUGGACGGCAGAGAGGCCGGAGGAUGGUUUGGAUCCAGGCCUUCGGGAGAUGGCAGAUGCCUUCGUCCUCCACUACCACAGGUCCACGAUAAACUUCACCGCCGGCAUCCUCGUGGAGAAUCGGAUCCCCGAGCUUGAGCAGUAUGUGAGCCUCUUGAAGUGUGUCUGGGUGAUGCAGCGCAUUCGCGAAUCGCCCGAGCUACACCAAUCGACCACGGGCUUGUCACACUGGCCUUCAUACAUCCAAGAGCUCGAAGAUGACCUCGGCUCUCAAUGCGAUCGCUUCAGGCAAGACCUCGUGGCACCAAGCUUGAUCGGUUUGACGCCUGAGAUGUUGGGCAUCUGGCCUGAGAAAGAGCUGGCGCAGCUAGUGGAUGUGGUGACAAGGGACGCGCUCAUGGAACAAGUCUUGAACAUACCAAUGCAAGGAGCCGCCGCCAAUGUCCAAAGAAAACUCCAACUGCUCCGCCGGAUGGGUGCAGACGGGAAGCGCUUCCGUGUCAACAUCUCCGGUGUGGAGCAAGGAGGCACGAGUAGGAAUUCGCGUCGCCAAGCCGAGACCAUCGACUUCGACAUCACGUCCGUCAUCGUCAACCCAUUAUAUGCCGUUCCGUCCAACUCCGGCGCAUGGGACAUGAUCUUGCGGAAGGACGAGCGGGUCGCCAAGCUGGCUUUCAUGCAGCUCAAGGACGCCGUCAAAUUCCAGCAAGCUGUCACUGGCUUCAAGGCCUUUGAUAAUUAUAGCCAGUAUAAGGCCAUGGUCAGCUUCGUCGUCUCAGGCAAGGGAGAACCGAUUGUUGAGAACGCCUGCAUACAGCUGUGGAUUCCAAAGCAGCUCGACGGACAACUCGUCACAAACAACGAGUCUUUGGUCGAGAAAACCAAUUCAACAAGGUCUGGAUCCGUGUUAUCUUCGGCAACCAACACAGCAUCGAGACAGAACACCAUUCGUGGGCCUUGGGACACCGCCAACCCCUUUGCGACCAGCCCGACUGAUACGGUGUCCAUGUGGAACAGUAUGGGUUCGCCAACAGGAUCUGCAGCGCAGAGCCCGUCGAUUUCACCACCAUCGGCGAUGAACAACCCGGCAGGGGCUCGGUCUCCGAUGGCUAUCCCGCGCCGGCCGGUGGGUUCGGGAAGCAGACAGACGGCGGCGUCACCACCUAGUGGUAGCCGGCAAGCAACUACUUCGACAUCGCCAACCAGUCCUCGGUCGUCGAGCUUGUUUCCGGGGUCGUGGCAAUCGAGGGCGCCAUCCGUAUCAACAACCAACACGCGCGCCGACAGGACGUUCAGCAUGUCGAGCAACAUAUCAACAACCACGUCGCCAUCGAACAACAGUUCGAGUGGCAGCGAAGCGCGUACGGCGACUGUCAGCAUCGGCGGACACACAACGGGGACCGUCCACCGGCGUCCACCCAAGCCCAUGCUGGUGUUGUUCACACAGAAUCCGCAGACGGGUGCGCUGACGAUGGUGACGGUAGACAUUGACGAAGACACUGAGGUCAAUCCGGACCGGUGCAACUGCCGGCGGUCAGGACGGGACGGGUCAUCGUGCCAGAUCGCCGCCAUCGAACAGAGCCGGGGUAAGGUGGAGAUGUCGGUGCGACGGUUCGAAAGCCACGAUGGCGACGUCGACUGGAAUCUGGCCAAGCUGGCUCUCGGUCGGCGAGGGGAAAGGGAGCACGCCGCGGCUGCUUGGAAGGACGUCCGGCGCAUCAGCAUCAUGUUCCCGACUGCUGAGGACAGAGCCAAAUUUGGAGGAACGCCCAACAACUGUCAGUGCAGUACGAGAACGGAGGCGGAGCUGGGCCAGUGCCUCAAAAAGAUGCACAAAGGAUUCCUGGGACUCGUCAGGGAAUCGGGUCGACAGCAGCUCAACGAGUACCAUCGGACCAGAUUCGGGUCGCAACAUGAUGUGGUUCGCGGGAUGAGAGACGACUAUUGAUGACGGGCUAGGAGGGCGCGCUGUCCGGCUUGGCGUGAGUCUUUGAUGAAUGACAGGGCUGAAUUGUAUGAAAGCGAUCCGGCAUUGAGCGUUAGAACAGUGGUAUGUAUGUAGGUACGGAUACAUGAUGAGGAACCGCUGUGGCGGCGUCAGGACUAGGUAUUGUGUGCCGCGUUUCCAUACAUUGGCCGACCAUGCGAGACAGAGGUGAGCCGAAGUGUUUGCUGGUCAUUGUACAACCGCCAACCGGCCGAGUCGGAGGCGACAUCAGUCUUGUUGAUGUGCAGGUUUCCUUGACGUCUCCGCGGCGAGCCCCUCGAAGUACGGCUCUGCGUCACGAGCGGAGUUCGCCGAUGACAGAUGGAGACUCGCCCGUGAGCAUGUGAGAUGGGAGACAGAUGGAAGGCGGAAGUAAACCGGCUUUGCAUUCGUCUGCU